AUGAAUUACAAUCAUAUAACAGCUUCCUUCGGUGUUUUUGCUAAUAGUUCUCAGGGGACCAUGCAAGCUAAAUCUUUGCAGAGUGAGCAUGCAAGACAUCAUAGAUGUUGCUUGCGUGCCUACCCUUCACACCACUAUUAUUGCAAGCAUGAAAAAUAUGUGACCCAGUACAGAGCUGCUUCUAUCAUAAACUGCAAGGUUGAGAAAAACAAGGUUCUAAUUAAAAAUAAUUCAAGCGAAACAAAGGUCAGGAGAAGGAAAAAAAACACUAAUGGGACCGAGGAACAUUCUACUAUUAUUGAAACAGUCAAGCAAGUAUACUGCUCUAUUUGCUUGACAAAGGUUGGGGAAGAUGAAGUUUAUCAUUUCUUCAAUGUUCUCCCCAGUGAAUCCUAA